AUGACACGACUUGCCCUCACGGUUAUGUCAGAUGCGAUGCGUUGUCACGUGACAAACAACAUCCCCCCCACACCCGUCAUUGGCGGCUCGGUUACAUAUCACUUUCCACUUAUCAACCUACUCAUCUACCCACUUCACUAUUUCCGUACUCGUCUGCACACACAAAUUCUCCUCUCUAAUUUUUUCUUUAUUCCUUCGAUCUAUCUAUCUAUCUAUCUAUCUAUCUAUCUAUCUAUCUAUCUAUCUAUCUAUCUAUCUAUCUAUCUCAUUUUGUUCAUUCGAUAUCUCGGCCUGUUUCUAUCUAUCCAUCUAUCUAUCUAUCUAUCUAUCUAUCUAUCUAUCUAUCUAUCUAUCUAUCUAUCUAUCUCAUUUUGUUCAUUCGAUAUCUCAGCCUGUUUCUAUCUAUCUAUCUAUCUAUCUAUCUAUCUAUCUAUCUAUCUAUCUAUCUAUCUAUCUAUCUAUCUUUUCCCUCCCUCCCUUUUCUUUCUUUCUUUCUUUCUUUCUUUCUUUCUUUCUUUCUUUCUUUCUUUCUUUCUUUCUUUCUCAGAUUAUUCCCUUCUUUCAUUCCUCUUUUUAAUUUAUUGUUUCUUUCUUUCUUUUUUUCUUUCUUUAUUUCUUUCUAUCUUUCUUUCUUUCUUUCUUUCUUUCUUUCUCAGAUUAUUCCCUUCUUUCAUUCCCCUUUUUAAUUUAUUAUUAUUUCCUUCGUUCAUUUCCCUUUUUGAUUUACUGUUUUGUCUCGUUCUUUUCUCUUUCUUUCUUUCUUUCUUUCUUUCUUUCUUUCUUUCUUUCUUUCUUUCUUAG